UUUUUUCUUAUUUUAUUUUUUUUAUUUCAAAAUCUUAAAUUUCUUAACAUGGCUCCUGUUGCUUCAACUACCCCUAUCCCUACCGCUGCAGCCUUACCUGGCCAUAUCGGUAACCUGACUGUCAAGGAAAAUGACACACUGAAGCAACUUUGGUCUCGUCUUUUCGAGCUUUUUAAGCAAAAAGGUACCGAAUGGAAACCUGUCCAAGUAGAGGCGGCUCCUGUCAAGAAAGGAUGGUUUGGAAAGAAGGAAGUCCCAGUGGAAAAGAACGAUGUUUUUAUUGGUGUCACUACUGAUCCUCAAUGGGCAACUUUACCCCUUGAGAAGGCAUUGCCUUUGAUUCCCGGUGCUGACCUCCACGCAACAUUUUGGAAUAUGGUUGCUACUGAUAACCCGGAUGCUGUCUGUCUUCGUUUCUUGCGUGCUCGUAAGUGGGAUUUAGAUCUCGCUUAUAACAUGUUAGCUAAUACCCUCCGUUGGAGAGUUACUAUGCGUUUGGAUGAAAUCGUUGCUCUCGGUGAAAACGGUCUUCGUGAUGAACUUAAUAAACUCAAACCUGAAUUAGGCGAUAAUUUUGUUACUCAACUUAAUGCUGGUAAAGCUUAUUUGGGUGGUCCUGAUAGGGAUGGUCGUGGUAUCUGUUUUAUCAACGUGAGCCUUCAUAACAAAGACAAUCAGCCUCUCGAAAUUAUCAAGCUCCUGACGAUGUAUAUUAUGGAAACUUCCCGUGUUGUAGUACAUCAACCUGUCGAAGCCGCUUGUAUUGUAUUUAACAUGGAUGGAUUUACUCUUAAAAAUAUGGAUUUCGAUUUCGUGAAAUUUUUGGUAACUUGCUUUGAAGCAUACUACCCCGAAACCUUGGGCUCUUGUUUGAUUCACAAAGCCCCUUGGGUUUUCUCCACCAUUUGGAAUUUGAUUACUCCCCUUUUGGAUCCUGUCGUUGCCACAAAAAUUCACUUCACCAAAGACUGUGACGAAUUAACAAACUAUGUUUCAAAGGAUUCUUUGCCAGGAAAUAUUACUGGUGAAGUAGGUAAAAAGACUAAAGAUGAGGCUGUCGUUGUUGGCCCCGUCGCACCUGGUACUUUAACUAAGCCCACUUCCGCUGCUUUCCAAGCAUAUCAAGCUUCUAUUACCGAAUACCAAGCUAACACCCUUGAAUGGGUCAAGACUAAAAGCGCAGAGGGCUCCAAUGAUACUGCUUAUCGUCGUGAACUUGCUAGACAAUAUCGUAUUGCUCGUAUUAAUGCUGAAGUAGAUAUUAGAGGCCCCACCAGUUAUCAAGCCAAGGGUCUCGUCACUUUGGACAAGGAAGGUCGUCUGCUUCUUGACUAUGGAAGUGACAACUGGGUUCCAUUAGAUAUCACUGAAUCUGUUUAAAUUUCACUUUCUUUUUUUUUUCCUUUUCGCAGCAAUGUUUGGCUGGUUUCUUCUAGAAAGGAAAUACAGCCACCUUAUUUUAUUUUUAACCUCCUUCUAUUAUUAAUUAUCUACUAUAAUGACAGGUUUACCUACCUACACUUCAUACCCUCUACUUUACAAUAAAAUUUACGUUUAUUUAAUUGAUCCAGGUAA